AUGGUGGGCGCACCGACAGUGAACGUUUACCACAUCUACUACGGCAGCUGGGGGGCAGGGUCGGGCAGGGACGUGAUCGACGCGUUCGUGCAGUCGCUGAGUAGCGACUCGGGCAGCCAGGGCAGCGCGGCGGACGCGAGUGUGAAGGCGUGGUGGGCCAUCAGCGCCGCGUACUACCAGAGCGACGCUGGCGGGAAGAAGAACGUGAGCUCCAAGCUCCAAGGUGAGAAGAACGUGAGCUCCAAGGCGAGAAGAACGCUCCUCACCACUCACUCUGCUCCGCCCUUCUGUGUGCCGCUCCUCACCACUCACUCUGCUCCGCCCUUCUGUGUGCCGCUCCUCACCACUCACUCUGCUCCGCCCUUCUGUGUGCCGCUCCUCACCACUCACUCUGCUCCGCCCUUCUGUGUGCCGCUCCUCACCACUCACUCUGCUCCGCCCUUCUGUGUGCCGCUCCUCACCACUCACUCUGCUCCGCCCUUCUGUGUGCCGCUCCUCACCACUCACUCUGCUCCGCCCUUCUGUGUGCCGCUCCUCACCACUCACUCUGCUCCGCCCUUCUGUGUGCCGCUCCUCACCACUCACUCUGCUCCGCCCUUCUGUGUGCCGCUCCUCACCACUCACUCUGCUCCGCCCUUCUGUGUGCCGCUCCUCACCACUCACUCUGCUCCGCCCUUCUGUGUGCCGCUCCUCACCACUCUCUCUGCUCCGCCCUUCUGUGUGCUGCUCCUCACCACUCACUCUGUGCUGCUCCUCACCACUCCCUCUGCACUGCCCUUCGUUGUGAAGAGCAAGGUGGGGGCGGGCAAACCAUUGGCUCUGGACACACAGGGCAUCUACGUGGUGCUGCCCAGCGCCGAUGUCACGCUGCCAGGCUUCUGCUCGCAGUACUGCGGCUGGCACACCCAAGACUCCCUCAACUCCACGCCUCUGCGCUACGCCUUUGUGGGCCACCACGGGCAGUGCCCCGGCGCGUGCGGGGUAAAGAGCACGUCACCCAACGGCAAGCCGGCCAUCGAUGCUAUUAUCUCCACGCUCGCACAUGAGCUCACCGAAGCUGCCACCGACCCGGAUACGAACGCCGGGUGGUUUGACGACGACGGCGAGGAGAACGGCGACAAGUGUGCGAGGAAUUUCGGCAGCACCAAGACGGGAUCCCUGCAGGACGGGCAGAGCUACGAGUACAAUGUGGUGGGGCUGAAUGGCUUGAAGUUCCUUGUUCAGCUCAACUGGGACCGCGUCAAGAGCAAGUGCGUCCUGCAAAACGCCCUUCCCGCUGACAGUACCGGUGGGGGGGGUGGCACUCCUCCCCCGCCGCCUCCCCCGACUGGAGGCAGCGUGAAGAUGACGUGCGAUUGCAACUGUGCGAGUGCCAGCAACCCCAUGAGCUGCCAGUGCUCCUGCACCAAGACAGGGUGA